CUCGCGUUGGUAGGACCUUGGCACUGGUGGUGUUCGUCGCCGUUGGUCACCGCGAUUUUUCAUUCUCUUGGGUCUAUUGGGAAAACAGUUUACAUGAAGCUCAAGAGAGGCACUCCUCAAAUAGCCAUGAUCACCACCUGAGACCGCAAAGCUGUUGACGCAUCAACUUGAUUCACAGGCAGCAUAUAGCAAGAAUGCUUCAUGAGCUGCUUCUUGCCCUAGAAGGCUGCACUGGUAGCCUUUUCACACUCAAGAAUGACAAGAUUUCGCUUGAUGCGUCGCUACCAUUCUUCCACCCUUGUGAACGAAGUGUUCUGAACGAGCUUUGUUCGCUGGGCACGUGGUAUCGCCGCGUGCGUACUUUCGUCGACGUUGGCCAGGCGGCUGGUGAGCUAGACGUGGGAAAGUACCGGCGCGCGCUGUGCCGGUCGCUGGACCAGGCCACGGCCGGCUACGAGGCUUGCCUGCAGCGGCUCGAGGAGGACCUGCUGGAGGACCCGGACCUGGGCGUGGCGUACGUCUUCCAGGCGGUGCAGCCGCACAGCUCGCUGCUGCGCGCCCUCUGCCGGCUGCUGGCCGACGCCGAGCGGCCGGACGCCGCAGGCUGCCGGCUGCUGGACGUGCUGCACCGUCACGUGGCCUCCGCAGUUGGCGACAACCGGUGGCAGCUGCAGCUGGUGCUGCAGCGUUGCUACCGCGUGCUGCUGGCGCAGCUGUCCGCGUGGCUGCUGCACGGCCUGCUACCAGACGCUGGACGCGAGUUCUUCGUGCGCGAGCGAGAGUACUCGGAGCCGGACGGCGCCGUGUUCGGGAAGACAGCGAGCGCGGCGGACCGCAAGCCUCCGGCGCUGAUCGAGUUCGAGCUCGACCCGGACCUGCUGCCGUCGUACCUGCCGCUGCGGCUCUGCCAGAGCAUCCUGUUCGUCGGCAACUCGAUCCAGAUGUGCCGGCAGCGCGUGGAGCAGCGCGACGGCGACGCGCCCGCCCUGGACAUCGUCGGCGGACGCGAGCGCGAGUUUGCCGACGAGUUCGACGCGCUGGCCGCCGAGACGACCCUCUCUCCGUUCAAGCUCGAGCAGCUGGUGAACAAGAUCAAGGCGUUGGUCGCCAAGCACUUGUGGAGGGUAAUCGUGGUGGAUGCGGGACUCGGCCAGCACCUGGUCGUCAUGAAGACGUUCUUCUUGUUGGGGCGCGGAUCGCUCUUCCAGGAGCUGUUCGCCGAGUGUGAUCACAUCCUGCGCGUGCCGCCCAAGGCCAAGUUGGAGGCGGACAUUAACGAGGCGUUCCUGGUGGCGUGCGGCCGGGUGGGCCUGGAGGAAGAGGCCGUGCUGGACAGCGUGUACUUGAGUCUGGCGCCAGCACCCAGCGACGGCCAGCGCGCCUCCGGCUGGGAUCGGCUGCGAAUGAACUAUCUCGUCCCCUGGCCGCUGCACUUGCUGUACACACCGGCCGUGCUGGUCAGCUACAACGAGAUCUUCUCGUUUCUACUAUUGGUGAAGCGUACGCAGAUAAUGCUGCAGCGGCUGUGGGCCGAACAGAUGCGGCAGAAGACUCGCCGCUCGGGCGGCGACGUGGCCGCCCACCAGCUGCGCGCGCACAUGGCGUUCCUCGUCAACAACCUGCAGUACUAUCUGCACGUGGACGUGCUGGAGUCGGAGCACAGCCGGCUGCAGGCUGCCGUCGCCGCCGCGGAGGACUACGAGCAGCUGCGGCACGCGCACGACUGCUUCCUGAGUGCCGUCAGCAGCCAGUGCUUCCUGCAGUCGCGGCCGGUGAUCGAGUGCCUGCGCGACCUGCUGUCCAGCUGCCAGGAGCUGUGUGGCGCUGCGCAGGCCGACGCGGACGUGACGCCGCUGCAGCAGCGGCUCCAGCGCAAGUCGCAGCUGCUCUUCAGGAUCAUGAGCAGCUUGAAGGACCAGCGUGCUGGAAGUCACCUGUCCCGCCUGCUGCUGCGCAUCGACUUUAACGAGUUCAUCAGCCACAACCUUUAGCGGGACAUCCACAGUGUGGGCUGCUUCUGCGCGCAUCUCCUAAGCUCCGCUCCCGCUCGUCCUCGCUGUGAUACGGUGUACUGAGACGCCGCAUUGUGCGGACGGAAGGUUUGUUAAACCCGUGAGUGGUGCGUUUCGCUGCUGCGUGACUAGAGAAAGUGCACGGAAGGCAGUGGCGCGCGCUGCUUGGAAAGCGGAUGCCCAUUUGUGUAACAGUUGAUUUCGCCGGGGUUGUUGGAACUGCCGCUGCCACCUUGCAUACGCGAAUAUGUCGCACCAUUAACAUGCGAAGCAUAUUGCCGAUGCCUUUCCAAUGUAUGUGUCGUGGACAUUUGCGAUGCCUGUUCUUGUAAUGCCAAGGAAAGGCGCUGCGCGUUAAACGAUUCCAUUUCAUAAACCACUGGUGUUAUUCG